AUGAUAAGUAUUAACGUAGCUAAAGACAAAAAUCAGCGUUGUGGGUCCGGUUGGACCCUCAGACAGCGUACAAGGCUUAAUACACGUGGUUGUGGUCCAUUAAUGAAAUAUUGGUAUCGACGAAGGUUUUGGGAAAAUAUCUUUAUGAGUUUAUUUGGAGUAUUUAUGGGUGUUUAUAUGUUAUUUGUAUUUCGACGUAAUCGAAAAGAAUUUACUCAAUUACGUGAUGAAGCUGAUGAUAGAAAACGUAUGAUACGUACACAUUCAACAGGAUCAAUGCGUUCUAAUAAUAAUAAUAAAGAUGUAAUUAAAACUAAACCAAAAUCUACAACAUCAGGUUAUACAUAUACUGGUAUGCGAAGUUCACCAACAAAUGAAACAGGUGUUGGUGGUUAUGAUUCGGAUAAUAAUAGUUCAGGUGUUCUUUAUCGACCAAAUCCAAUGGUUGAUCCGAAUCCUUAA